CCGAAAUCCGCCGCAGUCGUAGUGGGUGGCGAGAGCGGGAUUGGAUUGCCGAAUUGGAGAGAAAUCGGCGCUGUAAAUAGAUUUUUUUGUGCGACAACCGUGUUCAAACUCAAAGAAGCGGUGUGGCUUUGAGUGCGUCGAGCCCGUACAAGUGAAGUCAUUGUUCCGCCGGAGUGAAAAGCGUCCUCCUUGUUGGCUAACUGUUCGUUAGCCACUGAGCUACCCCCAGCUAGCGAGCUAGCUAAUCGGCAAACACAAAGGACGACUUUGCCCGUAUUUGUCAGCUCGAUCUUGAAUGACGACGGAGCCCCCAGCACAGGCAAGGCGAGGCGAGGCGUUAAUGUGUGCCUCUUUAUUUUGACGUUUUUCCUGACCACCCGAAUGUGGUAUGUCUUCUUUGUAGACGACUUUUAUGUUUGGAAACUUACCCACAGCUAAGCUAGCCCGGUCGCGUGCUGUCAGAAGUGUCAACUUCGAAGGACCCUUCCUUAAGUGUAUACUCCAAAGCAUGCGAGUGCAAUUCACUCUAUCACGAACUUCCUUUAAGUACAUGAAGUGUUGAAAAACAGCACAAAAGUCUGUCAUUUUACAACCUUAAUGUCUGACAAUAUUCUGCACUUUUAACAAGUAAUGAUGGUAACCUAUAAUACACAGAAAAUUACUCGGAGUGGAUUUAGAUCGCUUGACUAUGUAGUAGUGAUAGUCGUGUCAUGUCGACGGACCACCUCUACUUUCUAAACAUAUGGCUGCUGGAAGUCUUGCUAUUUCCUGUUAACAAUUGUAAUUGACUGAAAAGGGGACUUCCUUCGCUGGAUUUGAACCUCAGUUCCAGACAGGAAGUUGUUGCAUUGUAGACAAAGUGAGUCAAUAUGUGGGCGUGUGGCGAUGCUGUCAUGGCUGACUUCACAGUAACAAUGGACAGAUUUGAAAUUGAAGAGGCUACUUUUGCUAUGGUUGCAUCAUCAGCUGGCCCACAAAAGCACAAGUGUUGUCUCCGUCAUGAUUAUGUCUCGGUGCAGGUUGAUCAUGGUGCUGACUGGCAAGCGUUCAGAGAAAGGUCCGGCCUGUUGGAAGCGGAGAGUCAAGUCUAAGUACAUGAAGCUGCGCCAGCUCAAGCGCUUCAGACGGGCCGAUGAGGUCAAGAGCAUGUUCAACAAUAACCGCCAGAAAAUCCUGGAGCGUACCGACAUCUUGAACCAGGAGUGGAAGACCCGCCGCAUCCAGCCGGCCCACAUCAUGACAUCCGUGGGCUCGCUCAGAGGCACGCGAGAGUGCACGGUGGACAGCGGCUUCUCUGAGUUCUCCCGCCAGGUCAUCCCCUUGAAGACCCUCAACGCUGUGGCCUCCAUCCCCGUCAUGUACUCGUGGUCGCCACUGCAGCAGAACUUCAUGGUGGAGGAUGAAACGGUGCUCUAUAACAUUCCCUACAUGGGAGACGAGAUCCUGGACCAGGACGGCACUUUCAUUGAGGAGCUCAUCAAGAACUACGACGGAAAAGUCCAUGGAGACAGAGAAUGCGGCUUCAUCAACGACGAGAUCUUCGUGGAGUUGGUCAGCUCGCUGGCGCAGUCCAGUGACAACGAGGACGAGGAGGAGGAAGAGCCCGACUUCAAGAUGGAGAUGUGCGACGGCAAGGAGCACCCGGAGGAUGCCCACGACCUCAACGAGAGCCGUACCAACAAUGACUGUACCAGGUUUCCCUCUGACAAGAUCUUUGAAGCCAUCUCAGCCAUGUUCCCUGACAAAGGCUCUACAGAGGAGCUGAAAGAGAAGUAUAAGGAGCUGACACAGCAGCAGCUUCCUGGCGCCUUGCCUCCAGAAUGCACGCCCAACAUCGACGGCCCGAACGCUCGCUCUGUGCAGCGCGAGCAGAGCCUGCACUCGUUUCACACGCUCUUCUGCAGGCGCUGCUUCAAAUACGACUGCUUCCUUCACCCUUUCCACGCCACCCCCAACACAUACAAACGCAAAAACCUGGAGAACCUGGUGGACACGAAACCCUGUGGCGUGGACUGCUACAUGUACCUGGUGCAGGAUGGGAUGGUGAAUGAGUACCCUGUGGGGGGUGCUGGCGAGCGGGCCAAGACGCCCUCCAAGCGUACCAUGGGGCGACGCCGCGGACGACUGCCAAACAGCAACAGCCGGCCCGGCACGCCCACCGUGUCCUCGGAGACGAAAGACACGGACAGCGACCGAGAAGGCAGCAAAGACGAUGAACGGGACAACGAAGAAGACAAGAAAGACGAAAACACCAGCAGCUCAGAGGGAAACUCGCGCUGUCAGACGCCCGUCAAGGUGAAGCUUCCUGUAGAGACGCUGGAGUGGAGCGGCGCAGAGGCCUCGUUGUUCCGCGUCCUCAUCGGAACAUACUACGACAACUACUGCGCCAUCGCACGCCUCAUAGGCACCAAGAGCUGCCGACAGGUGUACGAGUUCAGGGUCAAAGAGUCCAGCAUCAUCGCCCGCGCCCCCACCGAAGACGAGGACACCCCCCCCAGAAAGAAGAAGAGGAAGCAUCGGCUGUGGGCCACUCACUGCAGGAAGAUCCAGCUCAAGAAAGAUGGCUCGUCCAAUCAUGUUUACAACUACCAGCCAUGUGACCACCCGCGGCAACCCUGCGACUCGUCCUGUCCCUGUGUCACUGCUCAGAACUUCUGUGAGAAGUUCUGCCAGUGCAGCUCAGAGUGUCAGAACCGCUUCCCGGGCUGUCGCUGCAAGGCUCAGUGCAACACCAAGCAGUGUCCGUGCUACCUGGCCGUGAGGGAGUGCGACCCUGACCUCUGCCUCACCUGCGGCGCCGCCGAGCACUGGGACAGCAAGAACGUCUCCUGCAAAAACUGCUCCAUCCAGAGGGGCGCCAAGAAGCACCUGCUGCUGGCGCCGUCUGAUGUGGCGGGAUGGGGCAUUUUCAUCAAAGAGCCGGUCCAGAAGAAUGAAUUCAUCUCUGAAUACUGCGGAGAGAUCAUUUCUCAGGAUGAAGCCGACCGCAGAGGCAAAGUGUACGACAAGUACAUGUGCAGCUUCCUCUUCAACCUCAACAAUGACUUUGUUGUCGAUGCCACACGCAAAGGCAACAAGAUCCGCUUCGCCAAUCACUCAGUCAACCCCAACUGCUACGCCAAAGUGAUGAUGGUGAACGGCGACCACAGGAUUGGCAUCUUUGCCAAGAGAGCCAUUCAGACGGGGGAGGAGCUGUUCUUUGACUACAGGUACAGUCAAGCGGACGCUCUCAAGUACGUCGGCAUUGAGCGGGAGAUGGAGAUCGCCUGAUGUUUACUAGUCUGUAAUGAAGCCACACACACACUCUUCAGGACAAGAAUACAUAUUAGCAACAUUUCAGGAAGUUGAAGAAUCUACCUUCUUUAGUGAUUGUUGUCUCUCCUCCACAAGUGUUGGUUUGAACCUAAAGAACAAGACUUCCUUUUUUUAAUACAUAAUUUUGCUGCGGGAUGAUGAAACGUCUUCUCAGUUCAACUUUCAGGGACCAAAUUCAUCACCAGCAGGUUUUUGUUUACCGUUUAAACUGACAGCAAAUCCAGUCAAUUUUUUGACAAAGCUACAUGUAUAUGUUUUUCCCCGUUUUUUGGGGGGGGAGACAAAAUAAUUGUGAUACUGCUGUUUUUGGGUGAUGUCAAAUAAUGCCUUCAGGUGUGUUGGAACUCAUACAUUACAAAAAACCACCAGCAAACAAGUUUUUUUCUGGUGCUUAAGACUUUCUGAAACGCAGCCAAAAACUUUGUAGUGGCGAUUUUAUUUCUGUUAAGUCACAAAAUAAUAAUGGCAAUGUUAAACCUUGACAAAGCUGGCAGUACCUUCAGUCACGUUUGUGACACCUCCGUGAUAUCACUGCCAGCAAUGUCUAGUUUGUCUACUGGAGGUGCUGAAGAGUCAUUGUUUCAAUGAGAUGACCAUUAAAACACCUUUGAAGCAUGCUCACGUUUUGACUUUUGAUGUGAAUUCUGGUGCUAAAAUGGCCUCACUCGCCUGCUGUCUGAUCCACUUCUGCUGUAACCAUAAAAUCUUUCUUACCAUCAGUACUAGUUUCCUAACAAUGUUGACGUUUGUUUCACUUUACUCGCAGGUUUUGUCGCAUUCCUGACGCUCUUAUGUUGAAGAGCCGACAGGUGACUGUCGUGUUAGUGAUGUCACAAGCAUCUGACAGUAAUGCUUGUAUGAUAAACACGGACCAUGUUUACAAAUACAGGGUGCUGGUUGUGUUCUGCGAUUGGCCAAGUGGGCAAGGCGAGUCAAUCAGCAGCAAGCACUUCAGCUCCACUUGGGAUGUUUUUCCUUUAUAUCCUGCAAAAGAAAAACUUUAAAUUCUCUCACUCCACAAGUGGAAGGUGCUGACUUUGCAAUGUUCACAGGGAUUUUCUUUCUAUGAAUAAAUUCUACAAAAUUGCUUGUCUCACAUUUUUACUCUGAAAUGAUGCUUGCUUC